UAUUGGAGAGAGAAAUUAAAAUAUAAAUGGCAGAAUGAAAGAAAAUCAAAAGAUAAAAAUCUCCCAGAAGUAAAGGCAAAGAAGAGGAAGGUAACGACCGAGUUGAAAGAUGAUAUGCCAAAAGCCAAGAAAAAUUUGACAUGGGGAAUGUCGAAUUAUUUGCCGAUGAGGCCAGAUUCGGAAGAUUUGGAAUCCAUAAAAUUGCACAAAACUUGGCUAAAGCAGGAGUACAGAAAAGUUGACCAAGAUUUUAGACUGGUUGACUUGAAAAUGGGCCUGACAUUUCCUGACAGAAGAAAAGAUAUAGUUCAAGAUGGAAAUAUUUUAUCAGAAAUUAUUAAAGAAUAUCCAUUUUUACAAGACAGAAGACAGUUACUUCAAGAAUUUGCCAGACUAGGACCUAAUACAGAAAAAAAAGAAUUGGAAGACCUCUUUUUUGAUGGUUUGGAUUCGUACAGAGAAGUCAUAGUGAAGUUAUCCAAAGGGAAGAAGCUGCAUCAAUUUGAAAAAGAAAUUUAUGAUUUAAUAGCUGUACAAAGAUCUGAUGACCAGAGAAAAUACACAAGUCAGUGCGCAGCCAUCUUAGGAAUUGCAUUGCUUUUGAAGGAGAAGUUCAAUCAGAUCCUGUACUUCAGUGAUUCCGAAGAAACAGAAGAACCAUUUCUUCUGAUAAUCAAAGACAGAAUUUUAAGUAUGGGGAAUGACCUAUUUGAACUGAAGGUAGAUGGGGAUGUGAUAUUCAGAUGUGACACUUUUCUUGAAUUAAUAACUGGAUUGAUAGCUUCAAUUUAUUGUUUCAAUUUAGUCUAUCCAAAACCUAUUGAAAAAUCAUUGUUGUUUAUACAAAAUUGUAUCAUGAGUUUAAAUGAUGGUGGGAAGGUUGAUAAGAAGAUUUUAUCAGUAAUAACAGAAUUAAACAGAGAGAAAACUAAAACAUUAAAUUAGUAUUUGAAUUUUAUGAGAUACUGUAAAGAUGUCUGGAUCAAAGGAUCAUCUGUUGUCUUCCUCAUUUUUCUGAUGUAAUAUCACAAAAGUCACACUUGCAUUGGUUAAUAAUUGUGUUUUUUUCUUCAAUUCUAUUUGACAUUUUUGUAAUCAAUUGCAAAAUAUUGAAGCUUGAAUCUGGAUUAUAAAAUUUAGAAUUAAAACAAAAAUGAAACAAACAGAUAGAUUUAAAGAAGAGUAGGUAAAAGUUAUCCCUAUGCCAUCCUUUCGGUUAGGUGUAAUGAUCCUACCACUAUUGGAAAAGGCUGGGUGAGCUUUUGAGAUAAAGAUAAUAAUGAACAAGUUUUUAGAAUUGCCCAAAAAAAAUAUGAAUUCUAAUACAUAUCUUUCGAUAAUGGUUAAAUAUCGCUGAGAGUAGGAUAAGUGUAUUUCCUAUAGCUAUUGAUGAGGUUUUGAUACUAAUAAGAGGAUCAUUAUGUAUUUCCUCCUUUUUUUACUUUAUCGGUUAUUGGUGUAGCAGUUAUCAGUUAUUAGUGUAGCCAUAAUCAGUUAUUAGUGUAGUUGUAAUUAGUUGUUAGUGUAGUUUUUGUUACAUUGUUAGAAUUUUUUUUUAUGUCAAGAAGUGGUGUUGAGCAGUUUUUAAUUACCUCAUUUGAUAUACAUGUAGUUCACAUUUUAAAAAGAAUUACCAGAUUACUAGUGCCAAUAUUUUUGUAUUUUGUAUUUUUUAAUUAUUUUUUUAGAAUUAUACAUACAGUUAUAAUAUUAGAUUCAACUUGUAGUAUUUUGUAUACAUAUUGAAUAACAAUUGUUCUGAAAUUGUUUGUGAUUAGUCAUGAAAGUCAAAUUUAGAUAAUUUGUCAUUGAUACCAGCCUGGCCCAUAAUGUUUUUUUUUUAUUUACUGUUAAAUGUAAAUUCUGUAAUGUUAGUAGCACUGAAACUGUUUACAAUAUAGAAAUGCAUAUAUCUUUUUUUUAAGUUUGUCAUUGAUAAGAUAUUUUUACUGUUUUUCUGGGUAUCCUGCAUGUGACUUGCUUAUUAAUAGAUUAUAUCAUAAUUAUGAGAAUUUGUAGUGUUCAUUUUUUUUAAAGAAAAAAGUGUAAAAUUGAAUAGAUGUUUCUGUCUAGUUUUAUGUAUAUAGUUAAGGUUUAUAGGUUUAUCAAAUACAAAGGCCAUCCCAAAGAAAGUUUGUCACAACACAAGCUCUUUUAGAAGAAAGGGUUUGGGUGUUUAUUUUUACCUUUCUCUUUUUAUCAAGUGACUUAUAAUGGAAUUAUAGCAUAUCUCAACUUAAAUUUUGAAUACCCCAACAUGAUUAAAAUACUGAAAAAUUCAUUAACGCAAGUGCUUGAGUUAUGAGCAGUUAUCAGUGUUGUCUAGAUCUCACACUUUUGUAUGGAAAGUGCUGCUACACAUAAAUUAAAGGAUACAGGUUAGAUUUUUUUUAUUCAAAACCGUAGGCAUAUUAUAUAGGUAAUCGUUUUUAUUCAAUGAACUUGGUGUGCCUGUUUAGUAGUGUAGAUAAAUGUUAAUAAAAUGUUUAAACCUGGAAUAUUUCUAUGCAUGCCUUUCUCAGUGUGUAAUGUUUAACUUGACUGAUGUCCUUAAACAUAAAUAAAUGUAUAUCAAUUGA